AUGAGCAAUUCAAAGCCGAACUUUAACCGUGGUCUUUCACUGGAUGACCUUGUCAAUCACGAUGAUGGUUCUAGCUCAAAUGGCGGGAGAAAGAAUUCACAAACACUGAAUCCUAUUCCAGCUGAAGAGAUUAAGAAAAGACUGAGCGUGGAUGGAUCUGCGGCUGAGACGGGGAACGGAAAUGUGGUACAUCCAGAGGGCGGAAAAAGUGCUGAAAAUAAUUCGAGAUUAGGAUCAGGAAACGAUGAAGAAACUGACACCGACGAUGAAGUGGGCUCUGGUGAUAUCGUUUUCGAAACAGGGGACUUCAAAUUCGACUAUGAGAAACAAGAAAAAGAUGGAGCGGUCAGCGACAAAGCGUCCAAGGCCACUUCACAGCCGAAAAUGGAAAAUGCCACACAAGCUAAAACAUCUUUGAAAACGGCUCAGAAUUCAAUUAAGGACACCACCCAACCUGACGCUCUUCGUGACGAUUCAAAGUUAUCCAGAAAAAUCAAAGACGGCCAAGACUCAGAGAUGAAAGAUAUAUUUCAAGAGAAGUCGUCAUUGCAAUCGAAAAGAAAUGCCAUCAAGAAGGAUUUAAAUGUCUUGAACGAAAUAGCAGCUACUGCUAAGCCAAGUAGAUAUAAUGUGGCACCCGUUUGGGCUCAGAAGUGGAAACCAACUGUCAAGGCCCUCGAAAGCAUCGACACAAAAGACCUUAACAUUGAUGCCUCGUUCACAAACAUAAUACCAGAUGACGACCUGACAAAGUCAGUACAGGAUUGGGUCUAUGCUACACUGGUUUCUAUACCGCCUGACCAAAGACAGUAUGUGGAAAUGGAAAUGAAAUUUGGGCUCAUCGUAGAGGGUAGAGACACUAAUAGAGUAAAUGCUCCGGUGUCUUCUCAGACUGUGUACACAGAUAUGGAAGCACAUUUAACACCUGAUGUUGAUGAGCGAGUUUUCGUGGAGGUUAACAAGUACAUGAGAGGUAUCUCCGAGUUGAGCGAGUAUACGGGAAAGUUCAACAUAAUUGAGUCCCAUACAACGGACUCCUUAUACAGAGUAGGUGUGUCGACUCAAAGACCACGGUUUUUGAGAAUGAGCCGAGAUGUCAAGACGGGCCGUGUAGGAGAGUUUAUCGAAAAAAGACAUGUAAGCCAGUUGUUACUUCUCUCACCGAAAGACAGCUAUGACGUUAAAAUAUCGAUCAAUUUGGAAUUGCCAGUGCCAGAAAAUGAUCCUCCAGAGAAAUACAAGAAUAACACUCCUGUGAAUAUAAGAACGAAGCAGAGGGUUAGUUAUAUUCAUAAUGAUUCUUGCACACGAAUGGAUAUCACAAAAGUCGCGAGUCAUAACCAAGGUGUGAAGCAAAAACACACAGAAGAAACGCACGAAAUUGAACUUGAAGUUAACACUGCUGCUCUGUUAAGUGCUUUCGAGAACAUAACACAGAACAGUAAAGAAUAUGCGGCUAUCUUAAGAACUUUCUUGAAUAAUGGUACUAUUAUAAGACGGAAGUUGACGGCUUUAUCUUUCGAAAUCUUUGAAGGUCAGAAAAAGGUAUAA